AUGGCUGAUAGGUUUUCCUCAACAUCAUCCUUUGAUAGUUUUGACUAUGAAAACACCAACUCUGAAACUAGUUCUACUCAUUCUGUGGCAACAUUAUUUGAUCCAAUAAAGGAGUCGGCUAUGACUCCAUACAACCUGUUUGACCAAUUUAUAGAAAUUGAUGGAAGAUACUAUUUCAACGACAAAGAACUGAAAAGUUAUCUGCCUAGCGACAAGCAAGAGCAUGAUAGGGCAUACAUACAAUUUUAUGUAUAUAAAGUGCUAUGGAAAGGCAAUUACUCUUCCCCUAUUACACAUGAUCUAUCACUCGGAAUCAACGUUCUUGACGUUGGUUGUGGUGGAGCACCAUGGACUUUGGCUAUGGCUUUGGACUUUCCUCUAUCAAGUUUUGUUGGAGUAGAUAUUUCUCCUUUAUUCCCUGAAGAGCGUCCACCCAAUGCGGCAUUUAUUAAAUGUGAUGUCCACGAUGGUCUACCGUUUCCCGAUAAUUCGUUCGACUUUGUUUGGCAAGCAUUUCUCAUAGUUUGCAUCGAUUGGCAAGCAUGGAGGGAGAAAGUGAUGAAAGAAUUAAUCAGAGUGACCAAGCCCGGAGGGUAUAUCGAAAUUAUGGACAUGGAUGCUAUGGUGAUGAAUCCAGGAGAAAUUGGUCGCAAACUUAACCAACUUCAAUUGACGAGCUAUGCUGAUGCUGGAAUUAACGUCAUGUCUAGCAAGGGUGUGUUGGAAGCAUUUGGUGAAUUAAGCGAUAAAGUUACCGUUGAAGCGGUUCACAAAAGGAAAUAUCGUUUUGGAAAGCAUGCAGGGAAAUUGGGCGAAAUGGCACUAGCAUGUUACAUACAAGCACUUGAAUCAAUGGGUGCUUUUCUUGGGCCUCUUUUUGAAGUUACUGAUGACGGAUAUAAGCAAUUGAUAAUAGAUUAUUACAAUGAACUCAAUAAUGGUAAUUCAUACUUGGCAUCAUGUUACCGUAUCACUGUAAAAAAGAAUGGAUCACGAAUGUAA